AUGGUGACAGAGAAAGACCAUGAUCAGUAAGAUAAUUUAUAAUUUUUUAAAAGUUAGAAAAAUUUAAUAUUUAAAAAAAUUUUAAUUUUUUAAUUUUUUUUAGUAUUAGAGUAGGCGAGAUUUUAUGCAAUCCUAAACUAUACCUCAAGUCUUAAAUAUUUAAAAUUCAAUUUUUUAUUUUAAUUUUUUUAGGCCAGAAGGCUACUCAUUAGUGAGUAAUUCAGCAAAUACGAUGGAAAAUCUGUUGGGAAACAACAAAAAGUUCAGAAAUGUUGAUGGAAUGGGCUGGAUAGUAACAUGUUUAUUCAUCGUUGGUGAAACUGCUGGUGCUGGACUGAUUGCUAUACCAACUGCUGUGGUUUCAACUGGUAUGUUUAUGACAGCUUUUAAUAAAAGUUUUAUUCAAAUUAAAUUUAAAAAUGUUUUUUUGAUUUAAAAUUUUAAAAAAGUUAAAACAUUUUUGCUUAUAUACAAAUAUUUACCUUAACAUAAGCAUUUAAAAAAUACAAACAAAGUUUUUUAUUUUAGGCCUAUUUGGUGGAAUAUUAAUCAUUCUUCUUGGAGCCCUAGCUUGCGCUUAUACUGGCUACCUAUUAUCAGAAAACUGGACGAUACUACAAACAAGAUGGCCAGAAUAUCGUCAUCAUUGUCGUAAGCCCUAUCCGGCUAUGGGAUUAAGAGCGAUUGGUCCUGGCUUCUCGACUAUCGUAUCUUGUUGCCUAAAUGUCACAAUGUUUGGGACUGCCGUGGUGUUUUUGUUGUUGGCCGCCAAAAACUUGGAGAGCUUUUUGCACGCUUAUGGUGGAGUGCAUAUUGGAUUUUGUUACCUGGUGGUGAUUGUGGCUAUUUUUAUGUUACCAUUGACGUUGUUUAAGAGUCCUAAGGAUUUUUGGUUAGUUUAUUGGUAGAAAUAUGUAUAAUAGACAAUAUGUUAAUUUUGAAACAUUCUUUACAUGAUAGAGCUCCACCGCACGUAUUUUACAAAAAUUAGCUAAAGAGCUAUAUUAAUUUUUUUAAAAUAGAAUUUUUAUAUAGUUUUAGGUAAUAAUUUUUAAAAAAUUGUUAUUUUAGGUGGGCAGUAAUUGCAGCGAUGAUAACAACGUUUGUUGCUGCUGCGAUGAUUAUGUAUGGAGCUUACAAAGACUAUGAUGCUUGUAUGAGGCAUGUUGAUUAUCCUGAAAUCUCUAUGUCAAAGUAAGAUUUUUUUACUUUUCGAUUUUUAAAAUCUAAUUUUGGUUUUUAAUUUUUGUUUUUAAUCAUUUUAUUUACUGUAAUGUUACAAAAUGUCAAAUUUAUUAUGUAAAUGUUUUAGGUUUUUCAUGUGCUUUGGUACCGUAAUGUUUGCUUAUGGAGGCCAUGGUGCUUUUCCUACAAUUCAACAUGAUAUGAAACGGCCAUAUCACUUCAAGCGUUCUGUUUACUUGGCUUUUUUGAGUAAGGCUUUUUUAGUAUUUGCAAUAUUUAUAUCGUAUUUUACCAUGUACUAGUAAGAGAGAUUAGGCAUCAAAUGUAAAAGUAUAAAUCUAAGUUUGUCAUUUAGCUUAAAAUUAAACCUAAGAAUAAGACUUAGCUUCAGCAUAAGCCUAAACCUAAAACUAAGCUUAAGCUUCGGACUAAGCCUAAGUAUAAGUCUAACUCUAAGCUUUAUCUUAACUACAGCUUAUUUAUACCUAAUGUAAAAAUUUUUUUCAGUAAUCUUCCUAAUGUACAUGCCAGUAUCAAUCUUUGCCUACAUAACGUAUGGUGGCAGUUUGAGGGAUUCGGUCAUUCCAUCAAUCCAAGGAUUUUAUUUGCAACAAGGAGUAAACGUGCUAAUUACACUGCACGUGAUGAUGGCUUUAACAAUCAUGUUUAAUCCACUUAAUCAAGAAUGGGAGGAAUUACUCAAUGUUUCUCAUGGUAAGGUUACUGUAACUUUGUCUUUUUUCUUAUUAUAUAUGGCUAAUGCCUACCUUUUGACCGCAAGCUUGUAAUCGUUGUUACAGUAUCUUUAAAAUAUUUCUGUACUGUAUGCCUUUAACACCAUUUUUAGACAUGGGAUUCGGUCGAGUAUUUGCCCGUACCGCGAUGAUGGUAUUUGUAGUAAUUGUAGCCGAAACAGUACCAAACUUUGGUGUAUUAUUAGAUCUUGUAGGAGGAUCUACUAUAACAUUGAUGGCUUUAGUAUUCCCAGUCGUGUUCAACUUAUACCUAUAUACCAACAAAGUAAAACAUGCUGGUACUGUUGCUGCGGAAAAUGAAAAACCUCCCACUUUUAGAGAGUAAGUUUACUGCAAUUACUGUAGCUUAGUAAAACUACUGUAAUUUUUGUAUUUUUAUAAUAAUACUGCUAACAUAUAAAUUUUGAAAACCUAAAACACCGUAUUUUGUAAUACUGUAAGAAUGAAUUUAAUAAUUUUUUUUAGUUUUAGUGGUAAAAUUACACUAAUACUGUACGUUUUCAGAAUUUGGAUGUACACUCCAAGCUCCAGAAAGCUAAUAGCAGCUUUAAUUUUAACUUUUGCUUUAUGUGGUGGUGUUGCUGGCACCGUGUCAGCUAUGAACGCCAUGUUUAACUCACAGUUCAGUGCUCCAUGUUAUGCUGGUAUCUUCAUGAAAGAAAUAGAAAGUCCAGUUAUGGAGGAACAGUUGUUGAACAAUCUUACUGUGCAGUAAGUUUUUAAACACAAGAUAAUACAUUUGCGUAUAAUUGUAUACAUAUAUUAUAUUAUUAUACACAUAUGUACAUAUAGGUAUACCUAUAUAUGUCAAUUAAUUUUAGAGCCCACGGUCAAUUCAAUUGUUGUGGCUUCGGCAAGAACAUAUCAAGAUUUGGCCAACCGGACAUAUUCUGUUUAGAUCCAAGCAUCAGUAUCUCACAUGGCAGCCAUGGAUAA